CUCACGUAUUACUUUUCGCCUCCAUUGGAGUAUUGGCAACUAGUUUGAUGUAUGCCAAUGCUGAUUGGGGAAAUCAAAACUGGUCAUUGAGUAACGAUGACAUAGGCAGAGUCCACCGUACAUGGAGUAUGAUUCGUCGUAACCCCCAUAACUUUGGAUCAUUAUUUUACUCAAGACUGUUCCAACUUCACCCAGAACAUAGAGCAUGGUUCCGUCACUUCAAUAAUGUACCAGUCAAUCAAUUACUUCGUAACCAAGACUUUUUGAAUUUGGGAUCUAGAGUCACUAAUGUCCUCGAUAAUAUUAUCUAUGGAUUACAUGAUGUUUCAGCUAACCGAAUCAACCUUAACCGAGUAUGGCCAUGCCCAUAUGCAAGACAAGGAGGAUGGAGACACAAUGAUAUGGCUUUGACCCAGAGUGUCUUCCUCGACGUUAUGCGUAACAACGUAAACAACUGGACCCCAGAAGACAACGUUGCCUGGAACAGAGCCUGGAACGCAAUCUGGCAUAACUUGCGUGCUUAA